GAUGCCAUUCGCCGCCUCCCCUUUUGUUUUGCCCACAAACUCUGCAACGCACAGGGUAGAGAAGAGAGCUUCAUCCUCUCCCCGCCACCCACCCAAUAAUGGCGGCUGCUGCCCCAAACACCACCUUCUCGGCCACCCCCAGCCCUUCUGCUUCCUCCAAAUCCCGCAACCCCUUUCUCAGGUUCACCCGUCCUCUCCUCCCCCAUCCCGCUGACUCCUCUCCUCGCCUCCGCUCCCUCCGGAUCUCUUCUAGCUCCGUCCCCGCCCCUAAUGCCCCCAGAGCCGCCAUUACCACCUCCGCCCCUACCACCACCCCCGAUACCUCCUUCGUCUCCCGAUUUGCCCCCGACGAGCCCCGCAAAGGCGCCGACGUCAUCGUGGAGGCCCUCGAGAGGCAGGGCGUCCGCCACGUCUUCGCAUACCCUGGAGGGGCGUCCUUGGAGAUCCACCAGGCCCUCACCCGCUCCAACACUAUCAGGAAUGUCCUUCCCCGUCACGAGCAGGGUGGCGUUUUCGCUGCCGAAGGCUAUGCCCGUUCCUCCGGCCUUCCUGGAGUGUGCAUAGCUACUUCUGGCCCCGGGGCCACCAACCUGGUCAGCGGCCUUGCUGACGCCUCGCUCGACAGCAUCCCCAUUGUUGCCAUCACGGGUCAGGUGCCAAGGAGAAUGAUUGGGACCGAUGCGUUUCAAGAGACUCCGAUUGUUGAGGUAACCCGGUCCAUCACCAAGCAUAACUACCUGGUUCUCGAUGUGGAAGAUAUACCCAGGGUUGUGAGCGAGGCAUUCUACCUAGCGACUUCGGGCAGGCCUGGUGCUGUCCUGAUCGAUGUACCCAAGGAUAUACAGCAACAGCUGGUGGUUCCCAACUGGGACCAGCCCAUCAGGCUGCCUGGGUACAUCUCCAGGUUGCCUAAGCCGCCUGCCAUUGCACACUUGGAACAGAUUGUGAGGUUGAUCUCUGAGUCGAAGAGGCCAGUUCUGUACGUGGGAGGUGGGUGUUUGAAUUCAAGCGAGGAGUUGAGAAGGUUUGUGGAGCUCACCGGAAUCCCUGUCGCAAGUACUCUGAUGGGUCUUGGCUCAUUUUCAUGCUCACACGAGUUGUCCCUUCAUAUGCUGGGAAUGCAUGGAACCGUUUACGCAAAUUAUGCGGUGGAUAAAUCGGAUCUGCUGCUUGCCUUUGGUGUGAGGUUUGAUGAUCGUGUGACUGGUAAGCUCGAGGCAUUUGCUAGCAGGGCCAAGAUUGUUCACAUUGAUAUCGACUCGGCUGAAAUUGGGAAGAACAAGCAGCCUCAUGCUUCCAUUUGUGGAGACGUCAAGUUGGCCCUAGAAGGUCUGAAUAAGUUGUUGGAGUCGAAAGCGUCGAAGCAGAGGUUUGAUUUUUCAGCUUGGAGGGAGGAGCUCAAUGAGCAGAAGAUUAACCAUCCCUUAAGCUACAAGACGUUUGGGGACGCUAUCCCUCCUCAAUAUGCAAUUCAGGUCCUCGAUGAGUUGACCAAUGGGAAUGCUAUCAUAAGCACUGGGGUUGGACAGCACCAAAUGUGGGCCGCUCAGUUCUACAAGUACAGGAGGCCUCGCCAGUGGUUGACUUCAGGAGGGCUGGGGGCUAUGGGCUUUGGACUACCAGCUGCAGUUGGAGCAGCCGUCGCGAAUCCUGAUGCAAUUGUCGUGGACAUUGAUGGUGAUGGAAGCUUCAUCAUGAAUGUUCAGGAGUUGGCGACGAUCAGGGUGGAGAAUCUCCCGAUCAAGAUUCUGCUGUUGAAUAACCAGCACCUGGGCAUGGUCGUCCAGUGGGAGGAUCGGUUCUACAAGGCCAACAGGGCGCACACAUACCUGGGAGACCCAUCGAGGGAGUCUGAGAUUUUCCCAGACAUGUUGAAGUUUGCUGAAGCUUGUGGAAUCCCUGCUGCACGUGUGACUAAGAAGGCCGAUCUUAGGGCAGCAAUUAAGAAGAUGUUGGACACCCCUGGGCCUUACCUGUUGGACGUGAUCGUUCCCCAUCAAGAGCAUGUUCUACCUAUGAUCCCAAGCGGAGGCGCUUUUAAGGAUGUGAUUGUUGAGGGCGAUGGGAGGACAGCGUAUUAAUUCCCUUGGCAUAGUCGUCGUCGUCUAGGUCCUAGGAGAUAAAUAUGCAUGUUAUGAGGAGAUGCAGGCGUUAGUGUGGGAGUUUCUGGCAACUUUCUUAAGUUAUGGACUGCACCAAAUAGAGAGCAACUUUAGCUUGUUCGCUUGUUAAUGCAACGUAGUAUUUUUCAUAUCUUACCUUGUCUGUAGGAACUGUUGUACUAAUGUAUGUGAAGGGUUUCUGGUUAAAUUUGUCCAAAUAUUUUCACAUUA